UGGCUGUGGCGUGCCUGUGCCUGUGCCUGUGCAUGUGGAUUGUGUUCUCAUUUAGUAGUAAGAAUGUAAAAUCUGCUUUUGUCUGUCAGUUGCACAAAAUUGGACUCUGUUUUCUUGCUAUUUGUAGUUAUUUUGUUAAAUUAACUAGCCCCACAGCCCACUCUACAACAAGGUUCAAGUCUAAAUGUCUGUAAUAAGAUCAAUAAUUUAUGAUUCAUUAGUUUUCUCUUUGUUUACUUGAAUCCCUCAGAUGCAAAGAGAUUCACCAAAGUCCCGUUUGAAAAUGAAUAUUGAGCUUGACAAACUCAGUAACUUACCAAGGGAUGUUACGGAAAAGAUUUUGUCAAUUUUGCCAAUAAAGGAGGCAGUGAGGACAAGUAUAUUAUCGAGCGAGUGGAGGUACAAAUGGGCUAUGGUUCCAGAUCUUGUGUUUGAUGAACUGGGUUUCCCAGGAGUACUUUAUAAGCUCGACAAAUUAGUGAAAAUGGUUGAUCAUGUGCUCUUCCUUCACAUUGGUCCAAUAAACAAGGUCAAGCUUUCUCAUAAAGGUCUUAAGGGCACCGCAGAUAUUGAUAGAUGGAUUCUUCAUCUAUCAAGAAAUUCUAUGAAAGAGUUCAUAUUUAAGUUUUGGAAAAAGCCUGAAUACAAGAUGCCUUCAUGUUUGUUUUCCUGUCAAGAUUUGGUUCAUUUGGAAUUGUGUAAUUGUUUGCUAAAACCUCCGCGCACAUUCAAGGGCUUCAAGAGUUUGAAGAAACUUGAAAUUGAAAGUGUUACCCAGACCCAAGAUGAGUUUGAAAAUCUAAUUGUUUGUUGUCCUCUGCUGAAAUAUUUGACCAUGAUAGAUUGUCAUGGUUUCACCAAGCUCAAGAUUGAUGCACCAAAUCUCCGAAUCUUUUGCCUUCUAGGUGCUUUUGAGGAUCUUAGUUUUCAGAACACCUUAAAGCUUACAAGUAUUGCCAUUUAUUUAACAGCUAAUGGUGACCAAAGAAGACAGAAACCUGGCAUUUCUAGCAAUUUGCUCAAGCUUUUUGAUCAGUGUGCUUAUGUUCAAACUGCUAAUAUUCUUGGUUACUUUUUAAAGUAUUUAGCUGUUGGUGACUUGCCGGUAAAGCGUCCUAAACCAUGUCUGCAUCUGAAGUUGCUUCGUAUAAACAUAGAUUUCAAUGAUCUGAAGGAGGUUUUAUCUACUUUAUACCUUCUGAGAAGCGCCCCUGCUCUACAAAAAUUAUAUAUCAGAGUUCGUCAAGAGGGACAGGCUCUUGUGGGAGAGGUGAACUCUUGGUUAGAUGGCAACCAGAAUUUCCAACUCGGAAAACUGCAAAUUGUGGAAGUACGUGGCAUCACUAGCACCAAAGCUGUACUAGAUUUCAUCAAAUUUCUGCUUUUAAAUUCACCGAUGCUCGAGAAGGUGUUUGUUAAGCCUGCAUCUCACUAUAGUUCUUCGGAACUAUUAGUAAGGUUGAGCCAGUUUAGGCGCUCCUCAGCACUUGUGGAGAUAAUGCACUUGGACCCAUGA